CAAGAGGCCCAUCCGCCACAAGAGGGCCUGCUCUGUUGCCGAAGGAGACCCGGGGACGUCUUUCUUUUUCUCUCGUCCAUUCUUUUCUCUAGCCAGGAUGUGGAAUUGAACUUCCUGGGUAAUUGCAGCUUGCAGCUGCUUCCCCCCAAGACCCCCCUCGCUCUUCAUCCCAGCUCCCUGUAGGGGGGCGAGAAUUUCAUCCCAUCGGCCAUCACCACUCCCGGGCAGGCCGCACACUGCAGUCGCGGGCUAGCUGCAGGUGGUGUCAAGUGCCUCUCUUGACGAGAGGAAGAAGACCUUGAAAACUCCUAGCAAGAGGGUACAUCAGUAGGCCAACAUGCAGGAGAGUUACGAAACGGUGAUUUCACUGGCGGAAGAAAUUGCCAUCAGCUGGCCCCGGAUAACUGCCUUCACAGAAACACGAGGGCGCCGAGGCCUGGCUCCUGGACUAGAAAUGGAACCUGAGCAAGGACAGCUGGCCCCGUUGCAAGGUCAAGCGGCAGCGGCCACCGCAGGCUCAAGUGAAGAAGAGAUCCUGCCAGAUUUCCGGAGGCAACUUGGGGUGAUCUUGCAGACUGUAGGCAAGGCGCAGGUGGAGAAGAUGCUGAGAGAGCUGGUGAAGGAGCAGGAGCAGCAGGGAAGAGUCCGGCGGCGCAAAAGAGUGACCAGGAGCCCCCGGCAUGGAGCAGGUGAUGGAACUGGUGGGCAGAACAGCUUGGAGACCCCACAGGAGCUUCAUGUUGGAAAAGUGGAAGGUCCUGAAGUCUUGACCAGAAAGGCACCUGAGAAUGAGCUGCAGGUGCCCCUCUUGUUCCCAGGGCUGGUGGCAGGACAAAAGCAACCCAUUGCAGGGAAGACUGUCCAUAGGGAUGCCAGGGAGUGUAAAAACAGCUUUGCCCAACAGCAGAGCCCUCUGGGUCCUAGGUGGGGGGCAGGCCCUGAGCCCAGGGAGAGCAUCAACUGCAGUCUGCUCCACACCAUGAGCCGGGACUCCCACGAUGGAGGGAGAGUCUGGCCACCUUUCAGUGAAAGAGCCCAGUUUUUCUCAGGGUGGCAGAAACCACGCUGCACCCAGAGACGCCGACGCCUACCUGCAGGAGAAAAACCCCACCGCUGUGGGCCAUGCAGGAGAGCCAUUGUGGCCCCACCACCGAGGUCUGAUUCACCACCAAACUCUGCCUUGGCCCCUCUCUUGAACUCUGCCUCGGCAUCUUCUCCUGUACCGCCUCUGAACUCUGCAGAGCCACUGACUGCCACCCAGUCCUUGCCAGUGAACUCCGCUUCCGCCCCACCCCGAAAACCCCAUGCCUGCGAGGAGUGCGGCAAGCGAUUCCGGAUCCUGGCCAAUUUGGAACGGCACCAGCAACGCCACGCGGCAGAAAAACCUCACCAGUGCCGUGACUGUGGGCGCCGCUUCCGCUGGGGCUGCCACCUCGAGCGCCACCGGCGGUCGCGGCGCUGCGUGGAGUGUGGUGGAGGCCUGGCGACCCCUCCCCCGCCCCCCUCUCCGCCCCCAGAACCUGACCGGCCCUAUUCCUGCGGGGAGUGCGGGAGGCGGUUCACGCAGCGCUCCGCCCUCAGCAAGCAUCGGCGGCUGCACUCGGGGGAGCGCCCCUACGGCUGCGGGGAGUGUGGGAAGCGCUUCCUGCAGCGCUCUGACCUCACCAUCCACGUGCGCUCUCAUUCCGGGGAGCAGCCUUACGUGUGCACGGAAUGCGGCCGCCGCUUCAGUGUCAGCUCCAACCUCAGCAAGCACCGGCGCAUGCACCGCGGCGAGCGCCCUCAUGCCUGCUCCGUCUGUGCGAAACGCUUCCUGCAGCGCUCAGAGCUCCUCAUCCACCAGCGGGCUCACACUGGGGAGCGCCCCUAUCCUUGCACUGCCUGUGGGAAGCGCUUUGCCCGCCGGGCUCAUCUCAAGCGCCACCAGCGCACCCACGGGGUGGUGCCUGCCACUACCGCUGCCUCUCGCCACCAGAGUGCCCGUCUGAUGACCACCUCUGCCACAGACGCAGCGCCCCUCCUUGACCGCCAACAGCAUGAACAUGGGGGAGUGUCUGAUGCCCCAGAGUCACGUCCCCACACCAACGCACUUGCCACAGGGCCAUGCCCACCAUCAGCUGGGCCCACGGUUUUCUCAGCAGCCCGAGGCCCUGUGGGUGCUGCCUCGUUGGGCCUGCCCUGGUCCGUGCCCUCCUCUACCCGCCUCCCCUUUUGCUCCAGUUCUCUCUGAUCACAUGGUAGCCUUCCUGCAUCCCUGCCCUUCAACAAUCUCCCUCGGCCAGUGUGCACUCCAGUCGAACCUCAGUUUCACGGGUGGGGCCUAGCCCCGGGUAGAUGAAUUUGGGGGGCAGGCCAGGUGCUACUAGGGUGCUGGAGUGGUUUACAUUUUGGGGCGCUGCCCUUGUUUGCUAGGAAGCCUGGCAGUUUUGUUUCUUCCCCCUGACGUAGGGCCUCUAGUGUGCAGGUGAGGCGGGGGAGUUGGAUGGGCAGCUACGGUCCCCAGGUGGGACAUCAGCCAUACCCCCUGAAGUCUAGAUAGAGCUCUGUAGCACCAGUCAGCAUGACCAAGUAGGGCACAUCAUUAAGUCUGGGGGUGAGGGCUCAGAUCACCUACCUUUGUGAACUGGGGAGAAGCAGUCCAAGUUGACUGCAGCUAACAGAUGCAAGUAAGCAUCAUUGUCUGCACACCACCAUGUGAUUCACGGGCAUGUGUUUCCUAGACACACAAGAUACCUGUCCUCUUGAGACCAUCAACCACCUACCUUUUGUUCACGCCUCUUCCCCAACGUUUGUAAACUUUAUUAGUGCCCCCUGCCUCUGAUGCUCAGUUCUUCCUCACCAGUAAUAUUCCCAAACAACCUUCUUGGCCAGGGAUCUCCCCUUGAUCAGACUGCCUUGGGUUUCCUUUUCAAGGAAGAGAAGUUCAACCCAGCAUCUCCCAGGUGCUCAGCACCCACUUCUGGGGGAGAAAAUGGCAUCCUUGCUUAUGUUGGUGGCUCCAUACCCACUCACACAAACCCAGUGGCUAUUGCAUUCACUGAGGGGUGAGUUGUGUGUGGCCUUAGGGAUCCAGCACAGCUCAUGCUUCUCUUCUGUGGGUAAGAAUGCCACAAGGCUCAGGCACUUGAAGACCCAGGACCACAAUGGGAGGCACAAGCCAAAAGGAAGAGGACUGGUCCUUUCAAAACAGUUGAGCAGCAAAGGAUGGAGCAGUGAUUUGAACUUGGUUACUGCUUGCUGAAUUUGGGACAUGAUGGCCAGUGCUUUCAAAAGGGGUCACAUUGCUGCCAUCACCACUGGUUCCUGAAGGCACACUGGCAGAGGAGGGAAAGCAAGAUGUGCCUGCUUUGGUGGGAACUGUGGACUCGGAACGCUUUGUGGGUCAGGGAGGGAGUAUGUUUCAACAGUUGCUGCUGUUUUCAGCAAGCCCUGAGAAUGGUGAAGAUGCUACUGAGAAGGGAUCAAAAAUCUGUUAGCUUCUCUCACUCACAAGAUGUAUGGUUGUUCACCGGAGCAGUGUUAUGUCUCCAAUUGCUUGUACAUUCCUGAUACCUUUUGGACUGGUGCUUUAUUGCUAGGGGUGGGAUCAGAGAGGUAGGCCGUGAAGGUCUGUGGCUUGGCUUGGGCUCUAGAAUAGGGAGGGGGUUAAUAAUAAUAAUAUCUGAUUUAGGACUAAUACAGUAGAACGUUUUAUCAAAACUUAGCAUGGUGGGGUUUUUUUUAAACAUACAUAGAAAAAUGAUGAUUCCCAAUCUGUAAAUAUAAAUGAAUCAAAUGGAAUAUUUUGCAGCUCCCUUUCCCCAAAGAAAAAAAUAUUUACACCUCCAACCUUAAAAUAUAAAUUGGUGCAAGCAGUCUGAGUUUGCCGAGGACAAAUCCCCCAAACCCAAGUUUUGCUAGAUUCAAGGUCGUUCGACCAUUUUUGAAUGUGGGGAAACUUGGUAACAUUUUUUAUUUGUGCAGUUUUUUGUUAUAGCACCACCUGACUUGGGAGGCAGAUUUUUGGUCAUUUUCUGGCUUGCACAUGUUUUAAAAAACAUGAAGGGGAAGUGUUAUGGGAGUGGCCUUGAAAAAGGUUGCAAUAACUGCAUUCGGGUGGAUAAAUAAUGAAAACUCAGGUCCUGUUUCCACCCCGGAUUCCAUUGCUUCUUGGACAGUUUUAUUUAACUUAUUCAUUAUAUUUGUACACCGCCCCAAACUUCCAUCUCUGGGUGGUUUACAGUUUAAGAGAUUAGUCUGAUUUAGCAACAGCCAUUCUACGAGUAGGUUAAAAUUUCUCUCUCCUUGACUGAUCUGCAGGGAUGGGAGAAUAAGAGAAUUGCUUCGUCAGAUUUCUGUUAGUCAUUCUAUAUUAGCUCUUGAGCAGGGAUUAUCGGUGUCAGUCAGUUCAGACAUCAUGUGGAGCCAAGAGUAAACGACUUUGCACACUAUCUUGUGUAAAUCCAACUCCCUACACAAGCCUCAGAAGAAUGUUAUGCCCUGUUGCAGUUAGACAUGAGCCUGGAUGAGUUUGCCAGAUCCUGGCUUAUUCAGAGUAGAAGUUCUAAAAUAAUUUAAUUCCAAAUUCAGACCUUGGGUUGAGGUCAUAGUUUAUUUUAAGACCUCUGGUUAGAAAAGCUGAGUAGUUGGUUUGGACACUGUGACCAAGCCUGGCUUUUUUUCUAACCACUGUCAAAUUUUUCUGACGUUUGCUCCUGUGCAGGUUGUGGCCCACCAAGCUGAAUGCAGCUCACCAGCCACGACUUAUAACUUUGUUGACAAAUGCCACCACUUCUAUUUUCAAUCUCAGGCAGGCAGAAGAACCAGGUGAUUGCUGGUGGACUGUGUUUUUGGAUUGGUGGGUCAUACAUUGCGCAGGUUUAGUUUAACCUUUAGGAGCAAGUGAUGGGGAGUAGGUGUCACUGUUAAGUGCUUAGAAGAGUCCUUAUGACUGACCUGGAAUCCAGUGUGUCAGUGGUUCAUCGCUAUCCAUUCUGGUUCACUGUAGGAUAGCACACACACUUUGCACGUGUUCCACCUCCCAAGCUAUUAACGAAAGGACAGCCUGUUUCUAAGAGCCUGAUGAGGCAAUUCAUUGGCAAGGGUGUUCUUCACAUGCUUACAGGCACAUUACUCUCUAGGGGCUCAGAGAAGCUAGCAAAGGCUUUCUGCAAGAAGCACAGAUCCUGAUGGGAAAACAGUUGUAAGCUCCAGUACCAACUGAAAUGAUGGUAGUAGUUCCAUUAUUCUGUGAUAAGGGAUAUUGACCCAAGACCUGGUGCAGGAUGGUGCAAUGUUUAGCAUAAAAAUGUGCACCCAGUUCUUUAAUUCUGUGAUCUGUAGAAAAUGUGCAACUUGGCCUUGUCUUAUAUUGCAUAAUUUAUUUUGCUAAUCAUGGGGAAGAACAAUAAUGCACCACCACCCCACAGGAAAUCCUGCCCAAAUCCUCACCCUCUGGCUUCUGAAAUUUCAAGAGGCAUUGUCCACAUACUUUCAAAUCUACUUUUGUAACCAUAAUUAGAAUCUUGCUUAAAAAAAACAAGAUUCUUAGGGUGCUAAGUUUUGUACCCAGCGCUAUUUCUUAUAUUUGUGCAGUGCUGUUCAAAAAACAAAAAAAUACACAUAGCACUGACUAUAGUCCCGAAGGUGA